AUGAGGACCAUUCAUGUUGAGCCACCCUCGGAGGUGGCGACCGAGGAGAAGACUGAGCCGUACUCCCAGAGCGAGAUCGAUGCCCGCCUUAGAAGCUUCCAGGAGCAGAAGGAGAUCAAUGAGGCGAUCGCGGCCGAGAACCAUGCUGUCCACCUCGACGACUUGGCUGUUCCCCAGGAUAGAGACAUUCGCAUCCUCGUACGACCUCUAACUCGGGCACGAUCUGUGAGCCCUGGCAAUCUCGAUAGCUGUGAGUGGUUACAGUUGACAGCCGAAGUUGCGGAACCCAAACAGCCCGAACAGAAGGUCCUCGCGGUCACACAAACGAGCAGAGACAUCAAAUUCUCCGUACGUAUCCCUGGCGAGAAGCUGGAAAACGACACAAGACCUCCUCUGUGGUGUGAGCUCUACUACGACCCAGCCAGCGACAAUCAAAUAUUUCUCAAUCGUUCCGGCAUUCCUUUGUUGUUAUCUAGGGUGUCUCAGCUGCCAGCUGCCAGCCCGAGCAUCGAAUACACCAUCAAUCCGCACACCACCAAGGCUCUGAUCCCAGGCACAUGGAGGAUCAAGGUCAGAAACAUCAAUGUCCUUGAUUUCAGGAUCGUUGAAAAGCGCCCCGCAAUCCUCAGGUCGUCGCUGAGCUUAUCAGCAUCCACUGAAUCCCUCAGCGACUUGCUCAAUUCAUCAGGAAAGCGAACGCUGACCGCCGAGGACACUGCAUCUUCCACUCCCGAUAAGAGACUCCGCGCGGAUGAUUCCAUGACCCGAAGUGAUGCACGAAGUGAUGAUGGCGUGGUGAUGUUUAUGAGACCAGGAAGCGCCACGAACCCACUCGUCUUCCCUCUUCCCUCGGGAGACAAGGGGAAGGAACUCAUUACCACCAAUGGCAACCCUCUGCUGGAGCUUGAGGAUGGCGAAGUUGCUGAGAUACCUGGUGCCGAGGUUGAUGUUGACCAGUAUACAAUCAAGAAGAUCGGCCCCAUAGCAUCGACAAGCCUGAGUGCUGUCGCCAUGGCCGAGUUUUCCCGGGAACCCGACAGCAUUAUCACCGUCAAGGUCCUCAAAACCCGUCUGGCUCAAAAAGCUCUGGCCGCAGCAAAGCCACAGGAUGCUGAGCGGAAUGUCAUCCGGCAAGCAGACAUCUGGCUCCGCGAGUUUCUCAACCAUGAAGUCUUGGACCACAAGUCGAUUCCCCGCUUAUUCGGGGGCGAUGCGAGAUAUCUAUCAUUGUACAUGGAGUACAUUGACGCUAGGGAUCUUUCAGCAAGAGGCAGCUGGCAAGAUCCUCAGAGCACCUUCUUUCUCGGUAAUCCACAAGAUUCUGAGCGUGUUCUCCGUGAUGUUGCAGGUGCGCUAGACUACAUGCACAGCCGAAACAUGGUCCACAACGAUAUCAAGCCAGGAAACAUCCUCUUCAACAGGGAGCGCGGGGCUGUUCUUUGCGACUACGGCAUGAUCACCGAUGUUCAUGCAAACCAGGAGAGAAUAGGUGGUACGCCUUUCUACAUCUGCCCCGAAUUUAUCGGACAGAAGCUCCGCGGACAGCCUGCGGAUGUGUGGGCAUUGGGCGUAACAAUGCUGUACGUCCUCGGCAAGAUCGGUCUGCCAGAUGCUCGAGGCCAGAAGAAUCACCCACGUCACCUUUACUGGAUGAUUGCAUAUAUCAACACACCACCGCAACAACAGCGACAACUCCCGAACUUCGACGGACGCACUGCUGCUCAAAAAAUGCAGGUCUGGCUUAAUGACGUCCACGAAGCGAAGAUGGGCCUAGAUCCAAACAACAAGGUGGAAAGACUCGUCGCGGCGAUGUUGGUCUUGAACCCGAAGCAGAGGAUCACUAUGCGCCAGGUCAUGCAGGAGCUGUCGCGAGUAUCGGUAGAGAACGAAGGUUAA